AUGAAGUUCUAUCAUUCUUGUUAUUAUGUUACAUUAUUGUGCCUUGAUGUUGAUAUAGUAGGUCUUCUGAAGGAAAAGCUUCUCCAGAGGUUGCUGGAUGACCGCAAGCCUACUGUUGAGGUCAUCAAGCGGGAAGGGGAGAAAAUUGCAGAGUCAGCAGAACCUGCUGAUAAAGUGAAAAUCCUGAAACAGUUGAGUUUGCUGGAUAGCCGAUGGGAUGCCUUGCUCACUAAAGCUGAAACAAGGAACCGUCAGUUGGAAGGCAUCUUGGUGGUAGCACAGCAGUUCCAUGAAGCUCUGGAGCCGCUGGUGGAGUGGCUGAGCGCCACAGAGAAGAGGCUGGCGAAUGCAGAACCCAUCGGAACGCAGGCCUCCAAACUGCAGCAGCAGAUCUCUCAGCAUAAAGCCCUAGAAGAUGAUGUCCUAGCUCACAAUAAAAGUUUACAGCAGGCCAUUAGCACUGGUCAGUCUCUAAAGUCUCUGAGCUCCAGGGAAGAUAAAUAUAUGGUGCAGGAAAAGCUAGAUUCUUCUCAGGCCCGAUACAUUGAGAUUCAAGAGAAGAGCAGCAGCAGGUCUGAACUUCUCCAGCAAGCUUACAGCAAUGCUCAGAUUUUUGGGGAGGACGAAGUUGAAUUGAUGAACUGGCUGAACGAGAUCCACGAUAAACUGAGCAAAUUGUCAGUCCAAGACUGCAACCCAGAAUUGCUUGAGAAACAACGCUCUGAACUACUGGAUCUUCAGGAAGAGAUUCUUCUAAGAAAGCAAAACGUUGAUUUGGCUAUACAGAAUGGCUUAGAGCUUCUCAAGCAAACAACAGGUGAUGAAGUUGUAAUAAUUCAAGAUAAACUGGAAGGCAUUAAAGCGAGAUACAGAGACAUUACGAAACUGAGUUCUGAUGUAUCCAAGACCUUAGAGCAGGCUCUGCAGCUUGCGGGUCAACUGCACUCAACUCACGAGGAGCUCUGCAAAUGGCUUGAUGAAGUGGAGGUGGAGUUAGAAUCCUAUGAAACUCAAAUACCAAAGGGUGAAGAAUUAAGCCAAGUGCAAGAAAGACAAAAAGAGCUGAAAAAAGAAGCAAAGAACAACAAAGGGUUGCUGGACACUGUGAAUGAAGUUGGCAGUGCCUUCCUGGAGCUGGUGCCUUGGAGGGCCAGAGAGGGGCUUGACAAGAUGCUAACGGAGGUCAACAAACGUUACAGACUAGUGAGCAACAGGAUCUCUCAGAAGGUGGAUGAGAUUGAUGCUGCCAUCCUGAGAUCCCAGCAGUUUGAUCAAGCAGCUGAUGCUGAAUUUGCCUGGAUUGCAGAAACAGAGAAGCAACUGAUGUCUCUGGGUGAUAUUAUGCUUGAGCAAGACCAGACCACGGCUCAGCUACAAGUUCAAAAGGCUUUUACCAUGGAGAUUUUGAGGCACAAAGAUACUAUAGAUGAACUUGUUAAGUCGGGGGAUAAGAUUAUGACCACAUGCACCGAAGAAGAGAAACAGACCAUAAAGAAAAAAAUGAAAAGCCUCUUACAGAAAUAUGAUGCAGUCUGUCAGAUGAACUCUGAGAGAUACCUCCAGCUGGAACGGGCUCAGUCCCUGGUUAACCAGUUCUGGGAGACUUACGAAGAGCUGUGGCCAUGGUUAACUGAAACAGAAAUGAUCAUCUCGCAGCUUCCUGCGCCAGCCCUUGAAUAUGAAACUUUGAAGCAACAACAGGAAGAGCACAGGCAACUGCGUGAGCUGAUCGCUGAGCACAAGCCUCAUAUAGAUAAGAUGAACAAAACCGGGCCUCAAUUGCUGGAGCUGAGCCCAGGAGAAGGUUUUUCUAUCCAAGAGAAAUACGUGGCAGCUGACACCCUUUACAGUAAAAUCAAGGAAGAUGUCAAAAAGCGAGCACUGGCACUGGAUGACGCCAUUUCUCAGUGUACCCAGUUUCACGACAAGAUAGAUUCAACUCUUGAGAUUCUGAAACGCAUAGUUGAACACCUGAGGCAGCCACCUUCAAUCUCAGCAGAGGUUGAGAAGAUUAAAGAGCAAAUCAGUGAAAAUAAGAAUGUGUCAGUGGAUCUGGAAAAACUUCAGCCGGUGUACGAGACGCUUAAACAGAGAGGGGAGGAAAUGAUUGCUCGCUCAGAAGGAGCUGAUAAGGAUAUAUCUGCUAAAGCUGUUCAAGAUAAACUGGACCAAAUGGUCCUCAUUUGGAAAGACAUCCAGACCUUGACUGAGAAGAGGGAGGCCGAGUUGUUGGAUGUAAUGGAACUAGCUGCAAAGUUUUGGUACGAUCACGCGGCUCUUGUGGCUACUAUUAAAUAUAUUCAGGACCUCAUUGGACAACUGGAGGGACCUGGAAUUGACCCGUCUGUAGUCAAGCAACAGCAAGAAGCUGCUGAGACUGUGAAAGAAGAAAUUGAUGGAUUACAAGAGGAACUAGAAACUGUUCUGAACCUUGGCUUUGAACUCAGAGGUGCUUGUGGAGAACCUGACAAACCUCUUGUCAACAAGAGUAUAGAUGAGCUGAAUUCUGCCUGGGAUGCCUUGAACAAAACAUGGAAAGAACGGGUAGAUAAGCUUAUUGAAGCCAUGCAGGCAGCUGUUCAGUACCAGGAUGGACUGCAGGCAAUAUUUGACUGGGUAGACAUUGCUGGCAUCAAGUUGGCAUCUAUGUCCCCCGUUGGAACAGAUCUGGAGACAGUGAAGCAGCAAACUGAGGAACUUAAGCAAUUUAAGACAGAGGCUUACCAGCAGCAGAUAGAAAUGGAAAGACUGAACCACCAGGCAGAACUAUUGCUGAAGAAGGUGACAGAGGAGAGUGACAAACACACAGUUCAGGACCCUCUCUCAGAGCUCAAACUACUGUGGGACAGCCUAGAAGAAAAAAUUAUAAAUAGACAGCACAAGCUGGAAGGUGCCUUGUUAGCCUUGGGGCAGUUCCAGCACGCCCUGGAUGAGUUACUGACGUGGCUGACGCAUACAGAAGACUUGCUGAAUGAACAGAAACCUGUGGGUGGAGACCCCAAGGCUAUUGAAAUUGAACUUGCCAAACAUCAUGUGCUACAAAAUGAUGUUUUAGCUCAUCAGUCUACAGUGGAAGCAGUUAAGAAAGCAGGAAAUGACCUGAUUGAAUCAAGUGCUGUUGAAGAAGCAAGUAAUUUACGGAGCAAGUUGAAACUUCUGAAUCAGCGCUGGAAAAACGUGUUGGAAAAAACAGAACAAAGGAAGCAGCAGCUGGACAGUGCCUUGAUCCAGGCCCAAGGUUUCCAUGGUGAAGUUGAAGAUAUGCAGCAAUGGCUGACAGACACCGAACGUCAGCUGUUGGCAUCCAAACCUGUUGGAGGCGUACCAGAAACAGCAAGAAAGCAGCUUAAUACCCAUAUGGAACUUUGUGCUGCCUUUGAAGCCAAAGAAGAGACAUAUAAGUGUCUAAUGCAGAAAGGCCAGCAGAUGCUUGCAAGAUGCCCAGAGUCUGCCGAAACAAACGUUGAGCAGGACAUAAAUAACUUAAAAGAAAAAUGGGAAUCAGUACAAACAAAGCUCAGUGAAAGAAAAACCAAACUGGAAGAAGCCCUCAAUUUAGCAAUGGAGUUCCACAACUCACUUGAAGAUUUCGGCAAUUGGCUUACUCAGGCUGAGCAAACUCUGACCGCAGCUUCUCAGCCAAGUCUUAUCUUGGAUACUGUCUUGUUUCAAAUUGAUGAACACAAGGUUUUUGCCACAGAAGUGAAUUCUCAUCGAGAGCAGAUCAUAGAGCUGGACAAAACUGGAACCCAUUUGAAAUAUUUCAGCCAGAAACAGGAUGUUGUCCUUAUUAAGAAUCAGCUGAUUAUUGCACAGAGUCGAUGGGAAAAAGUAGUUCAACGCUUAGCUGAAAGGGAAAGAGCUUUGGAUGAUGCAAGGAAGAGAGCCAAAAAGUUCCAUGAAGCCUGGCACAAACUUAUGGAAUGGCUGGAAGAGUCAGAGAAAGCUUUGGACUCAGAUCUUGAAAUUGCAAAUGAACCUGACAAAAUAAAGAUGCAGCUCGCGCAGCAUAAGGAGUUCCAGAAAUCUCUUGGUGCUAAACAUUCGGUGUAUGAUAACACAAAUAGGACUGGACGCUCCUUGAAAACCACCUUGGCUGAUGACAAUUUGAAACUUGACAAUAUGCUGAGUGAACUAAGGGACAAGUGGGAUACAAUUUGUGGAAAAUCAGUGGAAAGACAAAAUAAGCUGGAGGAAGCCCUGUUAUUUUCAGGACAGUUUACUGAUGCUCUGCAAGCUCUUAUUGACUGGUUGUACAAAGUUGAACCUCAGCUGGCGGAAGAUCAGCCAGUACAUGGAGACAGUGAUUUAGUGAUGAACCUGAUCGACAAUCACAAAGUUUUCCAGAAGGAGCUGGGCAAAAGAACAAGCAGUGUCCAGGCUCUGAAGCGCUCUGCCAGGGAGCUGAUAGAAGGCAGCCGUGAUGACUCUUCCUGGGUCAAAGUCCAAAUGCAGGAGCUGAGCACUCGCUGGGAGAAAGUCUGUGCCUUGUCAGUCUCCAAGCAAACACGACUGGAACAAGCUCUUCGGCAGGCAGAAGAGUUCCACUCUGUUGUCCAUGUCCUUCUGGCGUGGCAGGCAGAGGCAGAGCAGGCUCUUCGUUGCCACGGGGUCCUUCCAGAUGAUGAAGAGGCCUUGGUUGCGCUGAUAGAGCAGCACAGGGAAUUUAUGAAGAAGAUGGAAGAAAAAAAGGCAGAAGUGAAUAAAGCAACAAGUAUGGGAGAAGCCAUCCUAGCUAUCUGCCACCCAGACUCCAUCACCACCAUUAAGAACUGGAUAACAAUCAUCAGAGCCAGGUUUGAAGAGGUCUUGGUAUGGGCUAAACAACAUCAGCAGAGGCUGGCAGGAGCUCUGGCUGGACUUAUCGCCAACCAGGAAUUGCUGGAAUCCUUGCUCUCCUGGUUGCAGUGGGCUGAGACUACACUUACUGAAAAAGAUAAAGAGGUUAUCCCCCAGGAGAUUGACGAGGUUAAAGCACUUAUUGCAGAACAUCAGACGUUCGUGGAGGAAAUGACCAGAAAACAACCUGAUGUGGAUAAAUUUACAAAGACCUAUAAAAGAAAGGCAGUUGAACCCACUCCUGUACAGUCUCAUAUCCCUGUCCUUGAUAAGGGGAGAGCGGGAAGAAAGCGUUCCCCGACACCAGGCAUCUACCUGUCAGCAGCCCCCACGCAGAUCGAAACCAAGAACCCACGGGUAAACCUGCUGGUCAGCAAAUGGCAGCAAGUCUGGCUUCUGGCCUUGGAAAGGAGGAGAAAACUUAAUGAUGCUUUGGACAGACUUGAAGAGCUGAGAGAAUUUGCCAACUUUGAUUUUGAUAUUUGGAGGAAAAAAUACAUGCGAUGGAUGAACCAUAAGAAGUCUCGUGUGAUGGACUUCUUUAGGAGGAUUGAUAAAGAUCAGGAUGGAAAGAUAACAAGACAGGAAUUUAUUGAUGGAAUUCUUUCUUCAAAAUUCCCAACUAGCCGACUUGAAAUGAGUGCAGUUGCAGACAUUUUUGAUAGAGAUGGUGAUGGAUAUAUUGACUAUUAUGAAUUUGUAGCAGCUCUUCAUCCAAACAAGGAUGCUUACAAGCCUCUCACUGAUGCUGACAAAAUUGAGGAUGAGGUAACAAGGCAGGUAGCUAAAUGUAAAUGUGCAAAGCGGUUUCAAGUGGAACAGAUUGGGGAUAACAAGUACAGGUUCUUCCUGGGAAAUCAGUUUGGUGACUCUCAGCAGCUGCGUCUUGUUCGGAUCCUAAGAAGUACGGUCAUGGUUCGUGUUGGAGGUGGCUGGAUGGCACUUGAUGAGUUCUUGGUGAAAAAUGAUCCUUGCAGGGUUCAUCAUCACGGGAGUAAAAUGUUACGUUCGGAAUCAAACUCUUCAAUUACCACUCAGCCUACUAUAGCUAAAGGGAGGACGAACGUGGAGCUGCGGGAGAAGUUCAUUUUGGCAGAUGGUGCCAGUCAGAGCAUGGCAGCUUUCCGACCACGGGGCCGCAGGUCACGACCCUCCUCAAGGGGGGCUUCUCCCAACAGAUCUACUUCUCUGUCAAGCCAAGCUGGCCAGGCAGCAGCCCCACAAGCAGUUGCUACAAGUACACCAAAGACACCCCAUCAUUUAACACGCAACUAUGGUAAACCAUGGUUGACAAACAGCAAAACGUCAACUCCUUCUAAGCCACCAGAAUCCUCAGACUAUCAAGGGUCAUCUGCAGAGGGAACACCAAUUCAAGGAAGUAAACUCAGAAUGCCAGGAUACCUAUCAGGGAAGGGGUUCCACUCCGGAGAGGACAGCGGCAUCCUGUCAACAGCAGCUACCAGAGUUAGAGCUCAGUUUGCAGAAACCAGAAGAACUCCAAGCAGACCUGGAAGCCGAGCAGGAAGCAAGGCUGGCAGCAGGUCAAGUAGCCGCCGAGGCAGCGACGCAUCUGACUUUGACAUUUCAGAAAUCCAGUCUGUGUGCUCAGAUAUGUCAGAGACUGUUCCUGCUACAAGCAGACCGACACCCCGAGCAGGUUCUCGGCCAGGAUCAGCCAAGCCUUCUAAAAUUCCAACUCCCCAAAGAAGGCCACUAGCCAGCAAAUUGGACAAGUCCUUGAAGAGAUAAUAUGAUUGGCUCCGUAAAGGUCUUUUCCUUUUGCGUUAAGUAUUUAAGUUCAUAAGAUGUAAAAUAUUAUAUAGAAAUUAUUGUGAAAUAUCGCAAGAGGUGGAUUUUUAAUUCUGCAGAUGGCCUUAUUUGUGUAUUUGUCUUCUUAUUUUAUGUGUAUAAUUUCUGUUCAGAUUUGUUUCUGUUUAUCCUGUUUAUCCUGUGAGAAGGGGGAAGAGUUUUAAUGUAAACUAACAGUUGUACACAGUGACGUGUAGAAAGUACACUAAAAAUAAUUGCCGAAUGUACAGUGUACUGAAUGUACAGUGAGUCUCUGCAACCUGAAUAAAAUAGGCCUAUCACUAUGACAUUAGCUAACAGUAAAGGAUACCUCAUGAUUUUUCUUUAAAAAAGAAAAAGAGAAUACUAAAAAGCCAAAAGACACAAUUACACAUUUUUUGAGCUAACUAAAGAAACACUGAAGGGUGUAUGGCAGAACUACUAGGGAAUAUGAACCCACAGUCACAGAACCCUUAUUUAUACAGUAUCUCUCUGAGAACUCACCGAGUUAAUUAAGCACUCGCCAGUAAUAGGAUAACUCCCAUACCUUGCAGCAUCUCUGUGCCAUUGCUUUCAACGAGGCCAGACACAUUCUGGAUAUCCCAACUACUAUUCUGUAAGAAUAUCAAUAUAAAGUGCAUUCAUGUAAAUGUGAGGUUUUCUUUUGCUUGAGUGGGCGGUAGCACUGUAACAUCCAACUCAUUUUGUAUCAAAGCAAUUUUGCUUGCAGAAAGCUCCGAAAUAAACAUGUUCCUUAACUUUAUUUCUAUUGUAUUUCUUAUUUCACAGGAAGGUAAUUUUCUAUGUUAUGUUUUAGGAUAUAUACAAUUUCAGAUGACCAAUAACUACCAUAGUAACAUAGGCUUUAAUGUAAUUUCCCGUUAUCAGCAAUCCGAUUUUGGUUAGCUACUGUAUUUGUUUAAUAAAACACUGAAUUGCACAUAUAUAA